AUGAAUCAAAAAUCAACUACAUUUCAAAAAUCAACAUUACGUAGAAAAACAAUCCAUAAACAAAAUAUUGAAAUAGAAAAAACUGAUGAAUAUAAUUUUAUUCAUAGUUAUGGUGAAAUUCAUUUUCCUGGAUGUGAAGAACCAGUCAAAUAUGUUCGUACAGAUCAACGGAACACUCAAGAUCAAUGGAAGCGUAUUUUAACUGAAAAAUGGAAUUUGAAACCACCAACAUUAAUUAUCAGUAUUCUUAGUUCACAUGCUGAAUUAACUAAACGUUUUAAGAACACACUGAAAAAGGGUUUAUGGAAAGCAGCUGAAGGUUCAGGAUGUUGGAUUAUAACCGAUGGUUUUGAUCAUGGUAUGACAAAAGUUGCAGGUGAAGCGGUACGUGAUUACACUGAAGCUUAUGGAAAUGAUCAUAUGAUAAUGGUUGGUGUUGCGCAUACUGAACGAGUGACUUAUCAAGAAUUAUUUGAUUUAGCUAAUCAUAAUGUAAGGAGUAAAGAUAUUUCUUCAAAUGUAUUAUAUCCAGAUCCUUUAUCUGAUGAAGAAACCGAUGAUAUUACUAAUACAGCAACUACUUCAAUGGAAGCAGAUCUAUGGCAAUUCAAUGAAUCCGGUCAACAAAUUGAUAGUUCUGUAAUUAAAUUAUCUAAUAAAUCACUGACUAAAACAAAAACGUAUCGUUUAAAUUCAAAUCAUCAAUUUUUAAUACUUACUGAUCCAAUACUUAAACAAGAGCAAACAUUGGAAGAUCGACUAUUAGAAACUCGUAUUAUGUUAGAACGUACUAUAAUAACAUGGGCAAAACCAUCUUCACGUUCCACAUGUGAGGGUAGUGGUUCAGCAAAGACCAGUAGCCAGUCGAUAUUAAGUAAAAAUAAAAAGUUAAGGAAAAAAGAACAAAAAUUUAAAGGCACAGAAGAAUCUCCCCUUCCAAUUAUAACCGUUACUCCAAGACCAUCUGCUACACUCCCAUCAUUAGCUGAUGGUCUUAUAGGUCAAACAAUUAGAAGACAAAGUCACUUGUAUACACGUUCACAAAUUGAGAAGAAAACAGGAGUUAAAGAUUUAUUUCAAAAGAAUGAGAUAAAUGAAAAUCAGUCGGUUGAUAAAGAAAUCAAUAUAUUACAGAAUAUAUCGCAGGAUGAACUUAAUUCAACUAGUCAAACAACUGCUCGAGUUCCAAUAUGUGGAAUAGUUGGAGGUGGAAAUACUGCUACAUUAGAUCAAAUUUAUGCUUCAGUGACGUUGAAUCGUUGUCCAAUGGUACUUGUUCGAGGUACUGGUGGUGUGGCUGAUAUCUUAUCGAAUGUUCUAGACUUUAUGAGUUUUAGGAACACACUGGAAGAAACUUUCACAGAUCAAGAAAUUGAUUAUAAAAUAGCUAGUAUCAUACAAGAAGUUUAUGACGAUGCUCGAAGUAAUAAACGUGGCAGAACACUGAAAAAAUCCGAUAAAUCAACAAAAUAUACCGAGAAGUCAACAAACGUUACAAUCAAUCUACCAACUGAUAAUUCAGGUAAACCAUCAACAAAUAGAACUGAACAAAACACAAGUACAAUGAUUAACAUUAAAGAAUAUGAAUCACAAGUGUAUCGAAUAAAAGAAUUAGCCGAUGAUUAUGCUCAUUUAUUUUCGAUAUUUGAAUAUGAUGAUAUUGACUUAGAUGGUUAUAUGAUAUCGGCAUUAUUAAGUAGUGCUGGAAUUGAUCGACCAAAGAAUGAAUUAAACCUUGAUCAAUUAGAAAUAACUAUACGAUUGAAUCGAGCUGAUAUUGCACGAACAAAAAUUUUUCUUGAAGGUAAACGCUGGAAAAAAGGUGAUUUAAAUGAAUUCAUGUUCAAUGUUAUUUUAAACGAACAAACGGAUUUUGUUCGAUUAAUUUUGGAAAAUGGAUUUAAUUUAGAUGAUUUUCUUACUGUUCAUACAUUAGAAAGAUUAUAUACGGAAUGUUUGAAGAAGACUGAUUAUAAAUCAAGAUUAUUACAACAAUUAUGGAAAAGUUCUAGAAUUUAUAAAAUGGAUUGGGUUAUGCUCAGAGAUAUUGGUAGAAUUAUAAAAAAUUUAUUAGGAGAUUUUUAUCAUCCAUUUUAUUUAUCAAAACGUUUUCAACAUUCCGUUGUAGAACAUGGUUAUUGUGAAUCAAGUGAUGAAGAGGCAACUAAUGAUAAUUUAUAUGAUGAAUAUGAAAAACAACCAGGUAAAACAAUCACAUCAACUUCAACAUUGAAAGCUGUUGAACCUAUACCGAUAUCAUUUAAUAUUGAUGAAAAAUCUGAUGCUGAAAAAUCUGACGAUCAUAAUAUUGAUCAUGAAGAAAAUAUUGUUCAGUCUGAACAAAUAUCUCAAUUUUAUCAACAAAGCAAAAGAUCACAAAAGAAUGAUCAACCAAAGCGAAACUUCAAUCAACAACAUACCAAUAAAAAAAUUGAGGAUACAGAAGAUGUUACAAGCUAUACAUCAUCGAAUAAUUCAUCUGAAACAAAAUUAAUCAAAUCAUCACAACAUAGAACAAAGUCACGUAGAUCAGUUAGCGCCGGUACACGAAGAGAUAUCAAUGAUGAUAAAAGUAAUAGAUCAAAACAAUCAGUAAUGAAUAAUAACAAUCAAAUAUCAUCAUUAAUGAAUAGACGACAAUAUAUUGUUAAGCCAAUAGUUGGCACAAAUAACAUUAGGAAUUAUUAUCGAAAUAAUUAUUAUUCAUGUUCGGAUAGUUAUGAAAAUGAUCAUAAUGGUAUAAUGAAUGAUACAAUAAUGGGUAAAAAACGUCUUAUCACUACAUUACAACAUGCUAAUGACACAGAUAAUUAUGUACCAAAAGCUGAAGAAGAUAGUUUUCAAGAUAGAUCAUUUUCUAUUAUAAAUGAAAAGAAUCAGUUGAAUAAUUCAAAUGGGUUGAUUUCAUCAGAUCAAGAAAACGCCGCAGUCAAUAUCAUAGUUCAAUCGCAUUCUUCAAUUCAUUCAAGUAAAACAGAAGUAUCUGUUAUCACUGAUCCAAUUAUUAUUGAUGAUCAACCUAGCGAUCAUCUUCAUUAUCAACAACAGCAUCAGAAUGCAACUGGAUCUCAUGAUCAAUCGAUCAGUAGUAUAUGUCAAACAACAACUCUUAGUAAACAAACAUCAUCUAAUAGAAAUAAUAAAUUUCCUGUUCAACGUGUUGCACAUUCUAUUUUACAUCCAUUAACUGAUCCAGAGAAAGCACGUCUACGUUUAAGAGAGAUUGAACGACAAACAUUAGAACGUAAACGUGAAAAAGAACGCAAGCGAAGGCAUAGAAUAGCUCAAGAAAAAUUCACAAUUAUGGAACGUUUAACUGGUCAAGCUAAAGCUGAAAGACUUGAAGAGUUGAAGCCAUCCAAACUUGCAAAUUUUAGACACACCAGUACAGUCAAAUUUGAUAGACCAGCUAGAGAAUUAAUGAUGAUGUGUAUAUUACUUGGAAGAUUUGAAAUGGCUGAAAUAUUCUGGAAUCAAGAGAAGGAACCGAUUGCGGCUGCAUUAGUUUUAUCUAUUUUAAUUGCUGAAUUAGGACAAAAGUCAGAUGAUGUUGCAAAUAAAGAAGAGUAUGAAGAGAAUGCUCGAUCAUUUGAAGAUAAAGCUGAUCAAGUACUUGAAGAAUGCUAUCAAGAAGAUCGUGCACGUACUUUAAUUCUUUUAUAUAGAAAAUUAGAAUUCUAUGGAAAUACAUCAGUGAUACGUUUGGCUGCACGUGGAAAAUGCAUAAGAUUUAUGGCGAAUCCAUGUUGUCAAGAUUUACUAUCAGGUGUUUGGUCAGGGCGUUUAUCACCUAAAAAUACAUGGAUACAACUAGUUCCUGCUAUUAUAAUGGGAAUAUCUAUCCCUUUUAUUAUUCCACAAUUCAUAAAAUAUUCAACUUCAAUUGAAAGUGGUAAUUCAUCUAUCGGUCAAACAAAAAUUGAUCAAGAUGAAAAUAAAUCACGAUCGGAAGUUGAAAAGUUGGUUAAACUUCAACGUCAAUCAAUUCAUUUAGAUAAACCAAUUACAUUAGGAACAAGAAUUUCUUCUCAAAUUGAACGGAUUCAAAUAUUCUAUCAAGCUCCAAUUAUACGAUUUGUUUAUAAUACAAUAUUCUACUUACUAUUUCUGAUUGUCUUUAGUAAAACACUUCUAACAUCAUUAACAUUGAGUUUUUCUUAUUUAGAUAUUUUUACAACUUUAAUGGUUGGAUCAUUUCUAUGUGAAGAGUUAAAACAAGCAUUCAGUCCUGGUUCAAGUUUAAAAGAAUAUAUUAGUGAUGGUUGGAAUAAAUUAGACUGUCUUGCAAUCAGUUUAUAUAUAAUUGGUUUAAGUGUUAAAAUUCAUGCUUAUUACAAUUUAAUUAAUGAACAAAUAUAUCAAUUAAAUAAUCAUAAUAAUCAUUUAUUGAUUCAUUUCAAUGAUUCAAUACAAUCACAAUUAUUACAUAAUCAAACAAAUAUUAAUAAUUAUUAUAUUGAUCAAUAUAAUUUAAUCAAUAAUUCAUUCAAUUUAUCUAUUGAACAAAUUCAAUUAAUGAAAUCAAUUAAAACAAUUGAAAAUUUACAAAUAUUUAGUGGUUAUGGUUAUACAUUAAAUCAAUGGACACCAGAUUUACCAUAUUAUAUAAUAUCUAAUGAAUUAUUUACUAUAUCACGUAUAUUUUUUGCCUUUAGUUUAUUUGCAUUUUAUGUAAGAUUAAUGUAUAUUUUUAGUUUUAGUAUUGUACUUGGACCAAAAUUAAUUAUGAUUAAUAGAAUGGUGGUUCAUGAUCUCCUACCAUUUCUACUCAUUCUUUUGGUAUGUCAAAUUGGAUAUGGGAUCGCAUUUCAAUCAAUUUCAUUCGCCAAUGGUUACUACAGUGAUUAUGAACAAGAAAAGAUGACUGUAAAUUCAACAUAUCAGUCCAAACCUGGAAUACGUAGUCUUUAUGAUGUAAUUAUGACAUCUUAUUUUCAAAUGUUGGGUGAAUUUCGUUUAGACGAUUUAGCUGGAGAUGGUUCAUCUUGUCGUGACAAUGGAAUGUGUCCACAAACUUCAUCACGUCGUCUAACUAUAAUUAUGUUAAGUGCGUUUAUAUUAUUAACUCAAGUACUUAUGUUCAAUUUAUUAGUUGCAACAUUCACUUCAACAUAUAACGAAAUCGAAGGAUCUGCUCAAUAUUUUUGGUGUUAUCAACGUUAUGAAAUGAUACAAGAAUUUGUUGAUAGACCAUCUGUUGCAGCACCAUUUAUGUUACUUUGGUAUUCUGUUGAAUUUACUGGAUUCUUAUUCAGUUUAAUUGGCGGUACUUUAUUUAAUCAUGCUAUUGAAGAAAUCAAAGAUGAUGAUCCAUUUUGUAGAAGUCUACACACCAAUCCAACAUUAGAUAGCAAACUAACUAAAUGGGAGCAUAUGAUGGGUACUCGACGAAUUAAAGCUGAUACAGAUGUAGGCGGUGGUCGUAAAUGGACAGGAAGAUCACAUGGUGAUACACAUGCAAUUGUAUUACGAUCUGCUGCAGCAGGAGCAGCUGGGAAAGGUUUAGUUUCCGGUGGUACCAGUGUUCAUAGAGAUGUUACCGGAGAGCCUGGAUCUUUGUUAGAAGGAAUUGGACCUAUAUUUGGUCCAGAUACAGAAUUUAUUGAAGAAAAAUUUCGUGAAUUAGGCAAUCAAAUUGGAAAACUAUCAACUUUUGAAGAACGUUUAGGCAAAUUAAUUCAAGGCGGUAAUCGUGUAAUAAGUAUUGUAAAAACGAUUAAUGAACAACAAAAGCAGAUAAUAAAAAGUUUAACACCAACAAAUGGUAAACGACUUGUUGGUUGGGGUAAAUCAAACAAGAAAGAAAAUAAAAAUUUAUUAAUGACAGCUGUCUGUGCAGCAGUUACUGGUCUCGAUUCACACUGUACGAUUAUUGAAGAGAAAAUUGAAGAGAAGUUAAGAAUUGAAGAACAAUGCGUCAGAGCUAUUUUAACAAGAAGCAACGGUGAUGAACUUGAAGCCGAUACAGUUCUAACACCACGUAAAGGACCACCAUCACGUGGUCCACGUGCAGCUCCAGCAUCUGGUAAAAUUUAUGAACGCCUUAUUCUAAGCCAUCGACUAUGGCGUAUAGUUCCAUUUAAUUUUGAAAUAUUCCCUGGAAUUAGAAUGAAUGUACCACACGAUAAAAUAAACUGGAAAAUCCCAUACGAUACAUAUCGAACAUUCACUGUAACAGAUGAUAGAAUUGCUUUACCAUAUCCAGAAUUAGAAGAUGGACCAGAAGUAUCCCAACAAACACUGCCAUACAACAGUUAUGAUAUUGUGAAAGGUGUAAGUCGAAUGUCAUUACGUGGUCGGGUACGAAUAGUAAGGCAAACAGAUCAUAUAACUGAUCCUAGAACAACUAACGUGACAUCGAAAACUGCACCGACUAAAUCAACAGCAAAGUUAUCUGAAUAUAUUCCUGUUGGUUACCCAUUGAAUCCAUGUGGACGUACUGGUUUAAGUGGUAAGGGUCUACUACCACAUUGGGGACCUAAUCAUUGUAUUAUUAUUGCGAUUACAAGACCAGAUCCAGGCCACAGAUUCUAUGAAAAUUUACCAUUUAUUCAAGUUGGAUUACUUCAUAACAAUCAACAAUUAUGUUUACCAUGGUAUUUAACUGAUCAUCGAGAAGAUUGUGAUUUUCAAGAUUGUAGUGCUAAUGUUAUACGUGGAUUCAUUCAACGUCGUCUAAUGAAUUUAUUUGAAAAUAAACACCAUCAACAGUCAAUGUUGAUAAGUUUAAGAGCUGCUAGUGUUUCAAUUGCUUAUACUGGUUAUAUAACUGAUCAUUUGAAUGCUGAUCAUGCAUGGAUUGAAGGAGUUUUAUUUAAUAUACAUGAGAAUGAAGAACAUCCAUUUCAACAGGAAUUUUUGCAGGUAUUCUUAGAAUCUGAAACUACUGAGCAAGCAUUAUGGGUGAAUAUAGGCCGUCUAACAGGGAUACGUUCCAGUCAUGAUGAGUUAUUAGCAAGAAUUGCAUUACACCGUGGUGCAUUUUAUAGUGAAGCACUGGCUAAAAGACAAUUGCAACCAUCUUGA